AACCUACAAAAAUUUGGCAAUGGUAGUUGCGUGUUUCUUGUGAUUGAAUAUUGCCCGUUUUAAAGAAAAUGUCGAGAAAAGCGCAUAAGUCCGCAUGGGUUGGUCGUGGUGGAAGACAACCGGAUGACAAACACUAUUAUGGUCACGAUGUUCGUGUACAGAGAAACCACGAUGGCUUGUAUCACGGAAGUAGGCCUAAGGUUACAUUCAAGCAAACUUCUUCGAGACCAUUACGAAGAAGCUUACGGAUGGCAUGUUUGGACGACGACGUUCAAAUGGCAUCAAGUUCCAAUAACAAUAGCGGAGAUUUUAUCAUCAGUAGAAGGGAGUGGGGCGGUCAACGUGGAAGAGUCAGUCCACUGCCUAUGAGAGCAUUUAGAGGAGGAAAGAUUCCUUCUAAAAUUAGGCAAAUUAUCACUGGAGAAGCUACUUGUUAUAAAAUUGUUAUACCACAAGGGCAUAAAUUCGAAAAGGAUUACAUAAUAAAUAACCUUCUUAGCUAUAUCGCGCCAACUACUUUUAUUCCAAUAAUGUAUAGGAUAGGUGGUAACGAAUCCAGUUUCUAUAUAGACGAUCAAAGAGUAGCAUUAGAUCUAAGUAGGUCUAAUCACAAAAUUACAACCAUGUAUGGGUUUAAGUUACAUGUGAAUGUCAUGCAACCUGGAUAUCCAUACUGUGAAAUAGACAACAAACUGAAAGAAAGACUAAAACAAGCCAUGGCUAAAAGAUAUGUAAACGAGACAAAUGCAUUGGAUUUGUCCAAAUUCCAUCUAGACCCUGAUCUCGUCGCUGACUAUUUCUAUACACUGUCCCGACCUUUAAUGCUAAAAACAGUAUUGGACAUCGUGUCAGAUUGCAUACCGAAUUUGGAGGCGCUAAAUUUAGACGCAAAUAAAUUGCAAAUGCUUACAAAGCUAAAUAUUUUGAGUAAAAAGUUCCCGAAAUUAAAGAUACUUUACAUCGGUGAUAAUAAGAUAAAAGACAUUUACCAGCUAGACAGUCUCAAAGAAUUACAACUGGAGGAGCUGAAGCUGACAGGAAAUCCCGUUUGCAACAAGUAUGAAUUCCGACAAAAUGACUACAUUAGCGACGUGAGGAAACGAUUUCCAAAACUCUUACGGCUGGAUGGUACGGAUCUUCCAAAACCUAUCAUAUUCGACGUAGCGGAUGAUGGAAACAAAAUGCCACCCCCUCAGAGGAUGUUCGUGACAAAUGCAAAAAUACAAGGAGUUGCUAGUCAAUUUCUGCAACAAUAUUUUCUCAUAUUCGAUAGUGAAAAUCGUCAACCAUUGUUAGAUGCGUAUGACGAACACGCGUGCUUUAGCAUGACUAUAUCUUACUCUCAAAACGCAAACAAAUUGAAUGGAUACUACUCGGAAAACAGAAAUUUGUACAGAAUAAACGAAUCGAACAAGAGGCAAAAGUUACUAAAACAGGGACGAUUGCCUGUAGUUUCGUUUAUUUCCGAAAUGCCACGAACUUCUCACUAUCUUAAUACGUUUACAAUGGAUAUCAGCCUAGUAACAGAUGGAAUGAUGUUGAUUACGGUCACGGGAUUGUUCAAAGAACUCGGUAAAAAAGAGCAACCUGUUCGAUUCUUUAAUCGAACGUUUAUAAUAGUACCAGAAGGAGGUGGUUACUGUAUUCGAAACGAGCAACUACAUCUCAAUAAUCCGACGGACUCGCAACUAAAGAAUCUAAACACCCAAUUGGAGACACAAUUGUUGACGCCACCAGCGCCCUCGCAAGCACCUUCGACCAGCAACGUCGUAGCAAAGCCAGCGGUACCAGUGCAAUUACCCGAAGAGGUCAAGCAACAAAUGACAUUGACGCUUAGCCAACAGACGAACAUGAAUCUCGAAUGGAGUCUGAAAUGUUUGGAGGAAGUGCAAUGGAAUUAUGACAACGCGCUCUCGGCGUUUCAAGAGUUCUUCAAACUGGGACAAAUACCACCGGAAGCAUUUAACAAAUAAAAGUACAAUGUGCCGAGGAAAGUAAGAUUCAACAAAGUUUCAUUCUUCUUAUCGUUAUUUUUAUUGUUGCAUGUUCUACGAUACACGGUGCUCUUAUAUCACGAUCUGAACGAAGACGUGAAUGAAUUGGAUGUCCGUGAAGGUACGUGACUUUUUUUUUCAUGUGGUAAAAUUAAGUCGAAUCGGUGUUUGGUUACUCGAGGUUUGUCACCAGCAACGCGUGUCUCCAAAAAGCAAAAAGAAGUUUGUUAGUAUAUUAAGUAAGAAAGAAGCGUUUAACGUUUAGUGCACGAAACGAGCUUCCUUUUGCUUUGAUCGAAUGAAAUAAUCGAAUGUUACAAAACAUCGAUGAG